GCAAUGAUAUAAAAUUUCAGAAUUUCAGGUCGUACUUUAAUUUGGUAGUUAGGGGACCGAGAUUUAUUAUUUAAAAAUAAGUAUUCGAUUUCACGGAAAGUUUAGUAAUAUGGAUGUAUUUAUCAUGGUAAGACGAAAAAAAACUACAAUUUUUCUAGACGCAAAAGAAAAUACUACUGUUCAUGAACUAAAGAAAAUGGUAGAAGGUAUAACUAAGGUUCCUCCUGAGAAUCAACUAUUAUACAAAGAUGACCAGGUUAUGGAAGGACAUAAAACAUUGGGUGAAUAUGGUUUAAAUUGCUCUACAGCUAAAGCCCAAGCACCUGCUCAAGUAGGACUGGCAUACAAGGACAGUGAAACACAAAGAUUUGAACUUCUAGAAAUUACACCAUUGUCGAACCCCCCAGAAUUGCCAGAUGUUAUGAAACCGCCUGAAACACAAAGCCACGAACAGGCUGUUGCUUAAGGUUCAUUUUCAGUGUUCACAGCUCUUUUAUUUUUCAACAAAUUUUUCUCACAUGGCAUAUAUAUAUUUUGACACUACAGCUCUUAUUUAUGGCUAAAGUUAUGCCAGCUUGUGGUCAAGUGAUGGUCAUUUUUCAGAUUGGAUAGUUGCAAUUUCCAUAGUUCUAUCCUUUGUUAUUUCUGUGAUAUGCCUAUGGUGAGAUAGAAUUGCAGUUCUAAUGAAGAUGACUAAAUAUUGUAACUACUGAACAUUUCUGAGAUUACAUUUUGCUUUUAAACAUUUAAAUUAGUCUAAUGAUUUUUUGUAGGUUAUCAAAUAGCCUUUUUUAAGAAAAAGAAAAAGUUCCACAAUGUUUAGCUAAUAUUUUCCAUCUGUAUAAAUCUGCAUUGGAUGCUUGUUGUCGAAAAUGCAGUUUUAUUCGUAUAGUUCAUGCAUGAUUCCAAUGUUUAAAUAGCUUUUGGCUGUUGCAUUAUUUCCUUUAAUAUGAUCUGUUCUGAAGAUCGGCAAUAUUUGCUGUGUAAAAUUUGAAAAAAUAUCUUAAUUUCAGCCGUACUUUGUUUGUAAAUAUCUGCGAAGAUUAGAUAAGAAUUGAUAGCAAAUAUUCUUUCGGGUUUUUCCUGUGUUGUUAAAAUGUGUUGGGGAAGAAUACCAGGUAAAAUUGAUAAAAAGUUAUCUAACCUCCAAGUAAUGUAAAGUCAUAUAUUUUGCCUUAGUAAUUGUAGCCUAAGCAUUUAAUUAACUAUUUGUCUAUGGUGGACACUUAAAUAAUCUGGUAGCGUAUAUUUCUGCUAUAAUUUAUUAGUUAACAUAUAGUAUGUUGCCAUAUUAUUGUCGUGAAAUCAAAUCUUUAAUGUACUGCUUAUACAACCUGUGUAAUAGCAACAAAUAAAGCUUUAUCUGUUACAGCAGUUAUACCAAUGCAGUUGGGGGAAUGUUUAAAAAAAUAUAGUUAGUGCCUUUAUGUUUUUUAAAAAAAACUUUUUGAUUUUUUGAAAUAUUUUGUAGUCAAGUGGUAUUAUUAUACUAUGCCUUAACAUAUAAUUUAAAGCAUUAAAAAAAGUAAAUAAAAAAAAUAAACUACUUCUGCUAUGCUGAGCACAAAAGUUGUAUCUACAUUUAAAAUUUGUUUAUCCCUUUGUACCUUUGAUUCUAUUGCCACGUUUUCAGAUUUUGUCUUUCAACAUUCUCCAUUAAAAAAAUACCACAGAACCAAUUAGGUACAAUAUAUUGCAAAGAACCAUUUGGUAACAAUAACUCAAUUAUAUUUUCAAGGAAAUAUAUAGGUAUGACUUGUGUGCUUGGCACAGCAAUUAAGUAAUUAUUUUUGUAUAACUUCAGAAAAACUUUUAAAGUACUAUUUUUUUCCAAUAAUUUAACAAAUUUGCUAGACUAAUGGCAAAACUAAAGUUACUUUAAAGAUAUGAUGUUAUUUGAACUGUAUGAACGUUAAGUGUUUGCAAGUGCAAAAAGUUAUUUUUAAUCAGAUUCAAAAUAUUAUCUGAUGUGUUAACAAAUGUCCUGAGCUAAAUAUUUUAUGUUGCAAUUACUAGUACAGUCAAAUGUGUUUAUAAAUAAAUUCAUUUAUGUGUGUAUGUUUACUUGCUCAUUCAUAAAUUAACUUCAUGUGAUACUUUUAUUUGAAUUGUUUUAAUUAAAGUAAUAAAAUUUUACUUGUUUGUCUUAUUUUCUGCUCAAAUAUGAAGUAUGAUAAUAGAGCAUCUCGUAUCAGCAGUUGUAAGGAUUUUGAUUUUUCUGGAUAUUACACUUGGUGUAAACAUUGCUGUAGAUUUCUAUGAUUUCCAACAGUAUAUAACAAUGAAAUUCAUCACAAUUUUUGAAUGCAUAAUUUUAAAUAUUUGCUUUAAAACAAAAUCAAGUGAAAUAAACAAUUUUGCAUGGUCCUUGUCUUAAAGAUGUGAUUGAUAUCACAAGUAUUUUAUUGUAUUACAUUUAUAAAUCAUUUUCAUGUAACACUGAAUGCAGUAAGGAGAAGAUAUUAAAGAAAUAUUCUGUUGUAUUUCAACUAUCAAAAGCUUUUUUUUCGUCAAACUAAUGAGGAAACCAUUGAGUGAUUACUUUUAAAAGGAGAAAAUACAUUAUAAACUUACGUAUAUUUAUUCCAGUUAGAAAUUUCAAGUCCCCCCCCCCCCCUUGUAUGGGAACUGAAAAAUAUUUUUGUGAUUUUCAUUUCAUUAAAGUUAUAUAAUCAUAUUUAUUCUGGGUUUUUAUUAUUUCAUUAAAAACAAAAUUGUCUUUUUGUAGUUCUAUUUAAAUGGU